GGUGAAGAAAUCAUGGCAACCUACUACAAGAAGAAAUCUCGUACUGUGACUCCUGAACAAAAGAAGCUUCUGCUUGAAAUGUUCAGUAAACAACCAAGUCCUCUAUUUCUGAAGCUAUUACUGGAUGAGUCACUGAAGUGGACAUCUUACAUGGGUGUGGCAUCAAUACAGGUGGUAUCAACAAUCAGGCAGGCAAUAGAUAGGUUGUUCCUUAAGAUUGAAACAAAGUUUGGACAUGUACUAGUAUCCAGAGCGCUGGGUUAUAUCACAUUGGGGUGGAAUGGGUUAUCUGAGAUAGAACUGGAGGAUGCCUUGUCCUGUUCUGAUGAGGUGUUGAACUCAGUCUACCAGUACCACAACCCUCCAGUCGAAGGUAGCGUGAGGAUACCAUCCCUCCUAUGGGCCAGAAUCAAACAUGACAUCAGUGAAUACUUAACAGAACGACAAUCAUUUGGAAAGAAUACAGUCUUUUGGUACCACAGGCAAUUCAUAGAAGCUGCCAUGGAUAGAUACACACAAGGCGCUGCUUCACAAAUGCUCCAUAAAGAACUUGGUGUGAUUUACAAACAUGAAAAUGGCCUCCGUAAAACCAUUACACUCUCAAAACGUGGACUGACUAUCCAGGAUGCCAACCGGCAACUUACUAG